UUUAUUUAAGUUAAUUAAUUGACUAAAUCUAUGUCUCAAUCAAAGUAUAUCACUUAUUAAAACAUAUAGGAAGUAUCUCGUUUAUUAGCAAAGAUAUACUCUAAUUUCAAGUAAAUAAAGACAAACUUGUAUUUAUUUAUUUUUUUUGACAAGAAGACUUGGUUUCACUAAUAAAAUAUAGUCAAACGACACUUAAUUCCUAAGAAAUCAAGAAUUCCAACACAAGUACACACCUUAAAACUAAAUACAUCGUAGAUUUGAUUAACAAUCGCCUUAUUAAAAAAACUUCAUCUGAAGCAAUACAAUAUGUGAGUUCGCACUGAUUCGGCUUGAAAUCCACUGAUGCUUAGUCAUUUGAGUGAAAAUACUCAUGUGGUCCCCCGGAUUCUGCUAGAAAUUAUGAACCCUAAAUCUUCAAUUCUCGUCAUACAAACUUAAGCAAAAAAUAAGCUUAAGAGAAAAAUCAUCAUCUCAAGGAUGAGAUCUAUUUAUUGAAAGCAAUUAAAAGGAUUUUGAGGCUCACCACCGGUAGUAACAUCAGUAGAACCCCCUAUAGAGAUUCACAACUGAGACCUAUGGAGAAAAAAAGGGAGAAGAGAGAAGAAAAACCUUCAAAUUUUUUUUUGAAAAAACCUAACAAUGAAGGUUAGGAAAAUCCUCCCAAGGAAAAACCCCUAGAGGGAACAAAAAAAACCCUGGGAAAAAACCUAGAGGGAACCGACCGAGAUUAAAGACAAACUUGUAUUUACCCCUAAAUAAUUUGCAAAAAGAACACGAAUACAACUCAGCGCUCAAGUCUCUGAUGAACCAUAAGUAUUGGACUAACGCAGUCCAUAAACUAUCAUCUUGCAUUCGAACCCAAACACCUAACACCAAAAAUGUCAUUGAUGCUCGAAUCAUCAAAACGGGUUUUGACCCGAAUACAAGCCGCACUAAUUUUCAGAUUGAAAAUCUCAUCAAAACGGGUCAACUUUCCAAAGCACACCAACUGUUCGAUGAAAUGCCUAACAGAAAUAUAAUCUCUUUGAACACCCUGAUUUCAGGUUAUGUGAAGUCAGGUGAUCUUGUUACUGCAAGACAAUUGUUUGAUGGAAUGUAUGCGCGAACUACUGUGACUUGGACCAUUUUGAUUGGCGGUUAUGCUAACCGUGGAUACCCUUUGGACGCUUUUAAGCUUUAUGAUGAUAUGUAUAGGUCUAUGACUAUGCUGGAUUCUGUUACUUUUGCUACAUUGUUGUCAGGUUUCGACGAUAAUGAUUGUAUGUACCAAGUGAUUCAAGUACAUGCUCAUGUUGUGAAAUUGGGGUUUAGUUCAGCUCGUGCCGUGUGCAAUACUUUGUUGGGUUGUUAUUGCAAGUGUCAUUGCUUGGACUUAGCUUUUAGGCUUUUUAAUGAAAUGUCAGAAAGAGAUUCUGUUACUUACAAUGCAAUGAUUACUGGGUAUGCAAAUGUGGAGUUAAAUGAAGAAGCUGUUGAUCUUUUCCUGACAAUGCAGAAAAUGGGUUUCAGACCUUCUGAGUUCACCUUUACUGCAGUUUUAAGUGCUGCUGUUGGGUUAGGGGACUUAUUUUUAGGCAAGCAACUUCAUGGUUUUGUGGUAAAAACAAAUUUUAUUUGGAAUGUUUUUGUUAGCAAUGCAUUGCUUGAUUUUUAUUCGAAACAUGACCAUGUAGAGGAAGCCGAGAAACUUUUCCACGAAAUGACUGAAAUCGAUGGUGUUUCGUGCAACAUUAUCAUAACCGGCCAUGCAAGGGAAGGGAACUAUGAGAGGUCUCUUAAUCUUUUUAAGGAUUUGCAGGGGACAAAAUUUGAUAGGAAGAAUUUUCCCUUUUCUACUAUGCUAAGUAUUGCUGCUAAUACACUUAAUUUGGAAAUGGGUAGACAAAUCCAUUCCCAGUGUAUUGUGACAACAGCAUCAUCAGAACUUCAAGUAGGAAAUGCACUCUUAGACAUGUAUGCUAGAUGUGGACAGUUUGAGGAGGCUAAUUUGAUCUUCCAAUCUCUCUCACACAAGGACACAGUCCCAUGGACAGCAAUGAUAUCUGCUCUUGUACAAACGGGGUACCAUGAAAAAGGGCUUGAUGUAUUCAUCAAAAUGCGCUGGGAACAUGUCAACCCUGAUCAAGCAACCUUUUCCAGUAUUUUAAGGGCUACUGCUAGUUUAGCCUCACUCUCACUUGGAAGACAGCUGCAUUCUUUGGUGUAUAGGUCUGGAUAUUUUUCCAAUGUGUUUUGUGGAAGUGCAUUGCUUGAUAUGUAUGCAAAAUGUGGUUCUAUGAGAUACGCUAUCAAGACUUUCCAAGAGAUGACUGACAGGAAUAUAGUGUCGUGGAAUGCCAUGAUCUCUGCCUAUGCUCAGAAUGGAGAUGGUUAUGGUACCAUUGGGUUAUUUGAGGAAAUGGUUUCAAAGGGUCUUUGCCCAGACCCGGUAAGUUUUCUUAAUGUCCUAACUGCUUGUAGCCAUUGUGGGCUUGUUGAUCAAGGAAUGCGGUAUUUCAACAAUAUCACUGAAUUGUACCAUAUGGAGCCUAGGAGAGAGCAUUAUGUUACUAUGGUUGAUAUCUUAUGCCGAAGCGGACGUUUUGGACAAGCAAAGAAACUGAUGUCUGAAAUGCCCUUUAACCCAGAUGAAAUUAUGCUUUCAUCCAUUCUGAACUCAUGUAGGAUCCAUAAAAACCAAGAGCUGGCAAAAGAAGUUGCAGAACAGCUAUUCAAGAUGGAGGUUAGAGAUGCCUCUGCUUAUGUAAACAUGUCAAAUAUCUACGCGGAAGCUGGUCAGUGGGAUAAAGUUGCUGUGGUGAAGAAAGCAAUGAGAGAACGAGGACUUAAGAAACCACCUGCUUAUAGCUGGGUGGAAAUCAACCACAAGAUGCAUAUUUUCUCAGCAAAUGACAAGUCUCAUCCGAGAUGGGAGGACAUUAGAAGGAAAAUUGAGUCCUUAUCGAUGAGAAUGGAAGAGGAAGGUUAUAAACCAGAUACUAGUUGUACCCUUCAUAACUGGGAUGAAGAUACUAGAGCAGAAUGUUUAAAAUACCACAGUGAACGCAUAGCUAUAGCAUUUGCAUUGAUCAGCACCCCUGAAGGUUCACCAAUAUUAGUGAUGAAGAAUCUAAGGGCUUGUUCCGAUUGCCAUGCUGCAAUCAAGAUCAUCUCUAAGGUAGCUGGGAGGGAGAUUACAGUGAGGGACUCCAGUCGAUUCCACCAUUUCAAAGAUGGGCAUUGCUCUUGUGGCGAUUAUUGGUGAUUAUUGUAUGAUGAGUUUUUCAAGAAAAAUGAACUAUAAGAGUAUGACUAUGAUGUCUGUGAAGCAAUUCUACAUUGGUAACAGUAUCUAAAUGUCACAAGAGAACAUUUAAUUGUUCUUCCAGAUGGUUGGUUAGACUAUGCAUCAAAAAGGAAAGUCAAAUUGCAAGAUUCUGAACUUCUGAAAUGGGAGAGAAGAAAUGUUAUAAUCGAUAUCUUUAUAGUGAGCUUCCAUGGAUAUCUUUAUGGAUUAAUGCAGUAAUAUGCCAAACAUGUCGGUAUGAAGCAGACUUUUUGCCUUGUAGUUAGAGGCAUCACUUGUAACAUGAUCAACGUUCUAGAAGGGGCCUGUGGUAAAAGGGAGGGAGACUGGUCAAAUUAUCCAAGUCAAGAUGCAAUCAAAAUAGCUUAUACUGCAGCUAUAUGCUUGAAAUAGAUGGAGCCUGGUCAGAAAAUUGUUGGACGGUUCAAAAUUUGCAAUUUCUGGUGAACAGGACUCUUAUAUACUGCUUUUAAUGGGCGAUCUUUUGCUCUUUAGACAUGAGUAAUAUCAGAAAGUUUUCAAACUACAGUAAGUGGAGAUUCAUGCCUUUCGAGAGCCUGAGGAAGUAAUCACAAGAAUACUAACAGCAAAUGGAGGAAGGCUUCUGUUUAUUUACGACAGGCUUUGAUAUUUACAGAAUAAUUGAUAUUUAAGCCUACGAACUCCCUUUCUGAGCCAUUUGUUGGUGUUGCUGAAUAUAAUAUAUAGUAUGUCAAUGCAAUCCUUGAGUCUUGUGGUGCAUCUGUCACAAAAAUUAAGCAACUGGGAGGCAAAUUUUGCUGCAGAUUUACUCUUCCGAUGACUGAUUGUCCUGUGAACCUGUCCUUGUUACGCAAAUUAUUAUUGUUAUUUUUGCUGA